AUGCAGAAGGCAUGUGAGAUGGUGACUAGCCUGCUGACGGCUACAGCACCGGUACAGCGGUGUCCAUAUAGCACGAUGAACGUGCAUCUUUUGAAGUUACUGCAGCGGGGAGGUUUCAUAAGGGGUUUCGUAGUGGAGGGAAACCGUAUCAAUAUCCUCCUGAAACGAUACCAAUUUGCUCCCGUCAUACGUAAUAUUCAAGUAGUGUCGAAGCCCAGCCGAGACAUCUGGCUCUUGCCUCACGAGCUGAAGGAGCGGACUGGGAUGAACACAGGGACUUGGAUAAUGCAGACUCCUGAAGGGUUCAUGACACAUCGAGAGUGCAUUGAGUUGGGAGUAGGUGGUAAGGUUAUCUUUGCUAUCAACAAUGGUGCACAGAAAUGGUGCUGA